GGGCUGCAGACUCAGCGGCGGACGCCAUGCGCUGCGCAGGGCCUCUUUGCUGCGCGCCGCUGCUGCUUCUAUUCCUGGGGCUCUGCGGCGCGCGCCCCCGGAACGUGCUGCUGAUCCUCGCGGAUGAUGGAGGAUUUGAGAGUGGUGUGUACAACAACAGUGCCAUUGGCACCCCUCAUCUGGAUGCCCUGGCACGGCGCAGCCUCGUCUUCCGCAAUGCCUUCACCUCUGUCAGCAGCUGUUCCCCCAGCCGGGCCAGCCUCCUCACGGGCCUGCCCCAGCACCAGAAUGGCAUGUAUGGGCUGCACCAGAACGUGCACCAUUUCAACUCCUUCGACGAGGUGCGGAGUCUGCCGCUGCUGCUCAGCCAGGCCGGCGUGCGCACAGGCAUCAUUGGGAAGAAGCAUGUGGGGCCAGAGGCUGUGUACCCAUUCAACUUUGCCUACACGGAGGAGAAUGACUCUGUGCUCCAGGUGGGGAGGAACAUCACUAGAAUUAAGCUGCUUGUCCGGAAAUUCCUGCAGACUCAGGACAACAGGCCCUUCUUCCUCUACGUGGCCUUUCAUGACCCGCACCGCUGUGGGCACUCCUACCCCCAGUAUGGAGCCUUCUGUGAGAAGUUCGGUAAUGGAGAGAGCGGCAUGGGGCACAUACCGGAUUGGACGCCCCAGACCUACGACCCUAAGGAUGUGGUGGUGCCGUACUUUGUCCCUGAUACCCCAGCAGCCCGAGCAGACCUGGCUGCUCAGUAUACCACCAUUGGCCGGAUGGACCAAGGGAUUGGACUCGUGCUGCAGGAGCUGCGUAGAGCCGGCGUCCUGAAUGACACGCUGGUCAUCUUUACAUCAGACAAUGGGAUUCCCUUCCCCAGCGGCAGGACCAACCUGUAUUGGCCAGGGACUGCUGAGCCCUUGCUGGUGUCAUCCCCGGAGCACCCGAAGCGCUGGGGCCAGGUCAGCGAGGCCUACGUGAACCUCCUAGACCUCACGCCCACCAUCUUGGACUGGUUCUCCAUCCCCUACCCCAAGUAUGCCAUCUUUGGCUCAAAGACUGUUCAGCUCACAGGCCGGUCACUCUUGCCAGUGCUGGAGACAGAGCCCCCUUGGGCUACUGUCUUCAGCAGCCAGAGCCACCAUGAAGUCACCAUGUCCUACCCCAUGCGCUCCGUGUACCACCAGAACUUCCGCCUUGUGCACAACCUCAGCUUCAGGAUGCCGUUUCCUGUGGACCAGGACUUCUACAUCUCACCCACCUUUCAGGACCUGCUGAACCGCACCACAGCAGGCCAGCCCACUCACUGGUACAAAGACCUGCACCACUAUUACUACCGGGAGCGCUGGGAGCUCUAUGAUGACAGCCUCGACCCCCAGGAGACCCAGAACUUGGCUACCGACCCCCGUUUUGCAGAGGUGCUGGAGAUGCUGAAGACCCUCCUGGCCAAGUGGCAGUGGGAGACCCACGACCCCUGGGUGUGUGCCCCCGAUGGUGUCCUGGAAGAAAAGCUGUCUCCACAGUGCCGGCCACUCCAUAAUGAACUGUGAUGGUCCCUGAGGCACCUGCCCAACCCUUCCAUUCUUACACACCCCUAUCUGAGGUGGCUCCUCCUGCCUCUCCUAGAGAAGAAACCCACAUAUGGACAUCAGUCCUCUUCCAGGUACGGCCAUCAUAAAGAAGGUUGCUGGCCUCAUGUUGGAGGGUUGAGACACUCUUAAAUCAACUGACCGAUGUUUGUAAGCCCUUCACCCCAAGGAGACUGGGCCCUCCUGUGUCACAUGGGCUUUUACCCACCUGGUCUGCUGCAGGUCUUGGAACUACCUGGGGCUGGCCUGGCCUGCGUCCCCUCCUGAGGUGCCUACCCACGGGAUUCUCCCAGAUUCCUGGCAGUGACAAGUUUAUUCCUGUGUUCUUUCUGGUCAUCUUUUCUACAAGUGACUGAAGAUAAAGGUGGGACAGUGCACUUCCUGGAGCUUGGGUUCUGUGUGUGACACCAGUGUCGGGCUCCACCUGCCCUUCCUCCACUGCCUUGGGAGCAGAUACUUGACCUGGAAAAACCUAGAAAGCAGGCUUUUCCUCUCAUGGAGGGCUUCGUCCCUUCUUCCCCCACCAACUCCAUACUGGGGGGGGGGGGGAGAAAGCCACAGGCCCCAGAACUGUAAAAUCUUUUUAUUUUAGUAAAACAAG